UCGUCCAUUGUAAUAUCAGCCGGUGCAUGUGAGACUUGACAUAGGACAUGUGGACACCGUCCAACACAGUCUGAAUGCUUUCUGACUCUGUUGUCUUCCUGUUGAGAACAUUUAGAAGCUUUAUCGCUCCAGUAAGGAGGAAACCCUCGGACUAUCAGCUGACGCAAGAUUGUGGUCAGAAAACUCAGGGAGAUACAGCUGACAUGGCUUCAAGUUUUGCCCCUCCCACCCCGAAACCCGAACUUUUGGUUCUCGAUGUCGACUGGACGUUAUGGCCCUUCCACACUGACAUGGACGUUUCACCCCCCUUCAAGAAAGACAGCAGUGGUGAAGUGAGGGACAGCAGAGGGAAGACCAUCCAACCCUUUCCUGAUGUACCCAGGAUACUGGACUGGCUGAAGGGGAAUGGGUACACUCUGGCCUUAGCUUCCAGGACCUGGGCUCCCAGCGACAUGGAGAGACUGCUCAUUCUACUGGACUGGAACAAAUAUUUCUCCUACAAGGAAAUCUACAAGGGAACCAAAACUAAACAUUUCUCAAAAUUUACACAAAACAGUGGUGUACCUUACUCCAAGAUGCUGUUCUUUGAUGAUGAGGACAUUAACAUCCAUGAGAUUGGCAGAAUUGGAGUCAUGUGCAUCUUUGUCACCAACGGGCUGAACUGGAACCUGCUAAAACAGGGGCUGGAGAAGUUUGCCAAAGAGAGGUCAUGACCUUCGACAGAGGUCAAAUUCUGACUCGGCAAGAAAUGUUUGUCACCAUGCUAAAUUAUGAAUAAAACUAAUGCAGAUUCAUCACAAAUGUUGUGAUAUGUUUUGUAGAAUUUUUAUGUAAACGUAUGUUUUACCUGAAUAUGAAAUGGAAAAUGAAAUAGUUAAUAUUUCUGUUUAUUUUAUAUCAUAAUUUGUUCAUAAAGGCACAUGUUCAUUGUAGCAUCAGCUUUUGUAUCCAUAGAAUUGAUAAAUCAUGCUAUUGUUUUAAUUCAGCAUUAAGUGUAGAAAACAAAACAUUAAGUGUAACAAAUUAGAAGAGUAGAGUUUUUGCUCUGUAUACACAUACUUUCAUACUCUCUGUCGUGAACAUACAACUGCUAGGAAACUCUAAUGUCAUAAUAAAGUCAACUCUGUAACGAAAA